AGGUUAGCUGCUGCUGUGGCGAUUGUCUUUGGUAUGUUAAGUUAAGCUGUGAUCGUUGUUUUGCAACUUUGUGGAAUUUGCAGUGGUCCUAGUCGCCGUUUUGGCUUAGCCUGCGUGGCAGGCGCAAAAAGGGGAGGGGGAGGGGGGAGGGAGAAAGGGAAAAGGGAAGGGAGCGCCUGCUCUAAGAGGCUAUGUUUUUGCAUAACGCCUAUCAAUUUUCUAGUAAUCCGAUUACGCUUACUGUCAAUCAAGUGUCGCUACACUCGCCAUUGCAGAAAAACAUUACCCUCACGGACUAAAGAAAUUCGCUUAGUUAUUCAGAUCCAGAAGGCACUUUGGAGAAAAUUGGAACCCUAAUUCAGCCGUAAUAAAAAAAGCUUUACGCUUCAAAAGAGGUCAAAGAAAUUGCGCUUGCAUCAGAGGGCAAAUCCUGCCGACCAGAAAACAAUAACUACAGUCAAUCGGUAUGUAUGUCAUGACCUCUCAGUGUGAAACAUGCGGCUAAAAUAACAUUUGCUCAGUAUAAAUGCAGAACCUUUCAGAGCAUAAUCUACCCAGCAGAUAAAAACAACUUUAUUGGAAUAAGCAGCAUUUUGGCAUGAGGAAAAACCACCCUCUUUUAUUGCUAAGUUACAUCGGCGAAUGUCAUCGUUCGAUAAAUUGGCUAAAUCUUUCGUUGGGUAGCCCAACAAUUCCAUCUCCUACAACUGGUCUUCGAUAAUACUUUUCAGUGGCGAAAUGACGAGAAUCGCCGCAUUACCAUUUAGCUCGUAGUUCUUCGCGCGUACAAACAUUUGGUAAAUUUAACUCUUGCCGUAUACGGUCCGCAAAACUGCCAGAACAUCUCUGUCGGCUAAAAGAGCCCUUACUGCUGAUUCUUGCUCUGGUUUUAAAACAGUUUCUCUACCACUAGAUAAAUUCACAUCUCUCAAAGCACUCUCUACGACAUCCACGUCUACCGCUGCCAUGUCGACUGUUUGUUGAUUUGUGAAACGCGCAUUUCAAUAUGUUACUCAUUACGGCUCAGCCAAUCAGUAAUUUGCGGACGCCAGCGUCCGCAGAUAUGAACAAAAGGGGGUUCUUAAAGCAGGCGUCCCCUCCCCCUCUCCCCAAUCCCCCUCCCCUUUUUAACUCCUCUCUAACCCCUACCCCCUACCCCUUUCGACGCCUGCUACGCAGGCUAUUUUGGCUUUGGUUGACUUUGUAUUUGUGUUUGUGGUUUGUGGUCCCGAAACUCAGUUGUGUCGUCGCAUCGCAGCUCCCGUUAAUACCCUUCAGUUACUUAUGGUUCUUAAAAAGACAGAUUAAACGGGAGGAUAUAAGUGUACCGCGGAUUGUUCCUUCCAUGCUUCCUUCAGCUGUCUUUUUUUUUUAAUGACAGAGCUUCCUUUCGAGCAAAGGGUUUGUUCACCGUGAUUUAGCGGCGCGUAACAUACUUCUUGGAGAAGACAGAGUGGUAAAAAUAUCUGAUUUUGGACUAAUGAGGCACACUCAGGACAAUGUGUACCAGCUCAGGAAGGGGAAAAAGUUGCCGGUUAAGUGGACGGCACCAGAAGCACUCUUCAACAGUCAAUACACCACAAAGAGCGAUGUGUGAGUAUUUUGAUGCUUAGAUUGAAAUCUGUGUUAAACAGAUGACGCCCUCGGGAUACUCCGUUUUGUGCGCAAAGUCAUAUGUCACACAUUUUUCAGUACUGGAAUGAUAGAGCAGUAACCCGUAGUCACUUGUCAUCGUUCCAAAUGCUGAUUGGUUGAAAAUAUGCUUCAGCCGACCAAAAGCACUACCCAGAUCUGGUAAGUGACAUUCAUUCGUCAUUUCACAGGGAAACCGUUGGUGGCGUCGCAAAAUCUCGGCUGUUUUCUCAGGCUACUUCCGGUAGCGAGCCGUCACGAUAACGGAAAUAGCACCUCACAAACAAAGCUUCAGGUUGUCUUUCAGGCUUGGGCACAGUGAAACAUUCAAAUAUCAAAUACAGUAAACACUCGCAUAUAAGAACAAGUGGUUUUACAGGCUGAACGUUGGCCAAUAAAGCACCAUAUAUAUAAGAACCAAUUAAGCCUGAUAAGUAAAACAUGUUCUUAGGAUGCCAGAAUAAGAACCCAAUACAUUAAUUCAAAGUAUUAUGGUGUGCUGGACCAAAGGAACUUUACGAGCCGUAAAUGUUGGGAAAUGUUAAAACUACUUAACAACUUCAUGUUGAGUUUCUAAUUGUUAAUGUUUACUUAUAACCGUAUUUAUUUAUUUUUUACUGCUGUAGUGUAAGUAUGUAUAAUAAUUAAACCUCUAGUGCUGUGUAAGGUAUAGUAUUUUAAAACAAAUUUCACUGCACGAAAAAUUGGAUUUACUCAAAUUUACUCAUGAGCAAAUAUGAUGCAAACGCGGUGCAAAUGUGUGGCAAACAUGGUAAAUGCCGUAUUUACUCACACAUUUACAACCCCUAUGUAAAAGUGAAGUAAAUACGGCAUUUACCAUGUUUGCCACACAUUUGCACCGCGUUUGCAUCAUAUUUGCUCAUGAGUAAAUGUGAGUAAAUCCAAUUUUUCGUGCAGUGUUUUGAGACAGUUUCAGGCUGAGUUAUCACUAAGUAAUCGGCGGUAAUUAGUAAUGGUAACAGGACUGAGUGGAGUCCAAUUCGGUCUGUAAUCAUACGAGUGAUUAACAAAAUCGGACGACCGCGUAGCGGGAGUCCGAUUUGUUUAAUCACGAGUAUGAUUUCACACUGAAUUGGACGACACGAAGUUCUGUUACCAAUUAAUCAUAACCUUAACAAAAUUUGUGAUACAAUAGGCUAUUUUCUAAACCAAAACACAAGAAAUUCGAAAUUUUGUUUUGCUAGCAGUGAAAAAAAAAAGCCAUUUAAGCGCGCGCGUGAUGGCGCGUACUGUCCAAUUACUUAGGCAUGACGCGUACUGUCCUAUUAAACUGUCCAAUUAAGGCUGAAAUCAGGGCAGUUGAUAGCCAAUCAGAUUUGACAAUUCUGUUAUAGUUAUGAUUAGUAAUGGUAACAGGACUGAGUGGAGUCCAAUUCGGCCUGUAAUCAUACGAGUGAUUAACAAAAUCGGACGACCGCGUAGCGGGAGUCCGAUUUGUUUAAUCACGAGUAUGAUUACAGACCGAAUUGGACGACACAAAGUCCUGUUACCAAUUAACCAUAGCUUUAACAAAAUUUGUGAUAUAAUAGGCUAUUUUUUAUAUCAAAACACAAGAAAUUCGAAAUUUUGUUUUGCUAGCAGUGAAAAAAAGCCAUUUAAGCGCGCGCGUGAUGGCGCGUACUGUCCAAUUACGUAGGCAUGACGCGUACUGUCCUAUUAAACUGUCCAAUUAAGGCUGAAAUCAGGGCAGUUGAUAGCCAAUCAGAUUUUACAAUUUUUUUAUAGUUAUGAUUAAGAACUUUAUCAGCCUGAGCCUCGAAAUUAUAGGUUCUUAUAUGUGGGUGUUUGCUGUAAUUUCUGACAUAAUAGCCUUUAUCUUUCCUUAUGGUCAUCGAUAUUUCUACACAUAAUUUGACAAUGAUCCAUUUACAAAGAGUAAGAUUUUUUGUUCUGUAUAUUUCUUUUAGGUGGUCUUUUGGAGUUCUACUAUGGGAACUUUCUACAAUGGGUAAGAAUCGAUAAAACACGAUUUACAAAUCCGUUAAUUUCGUAUGGAGUCAUUAAAUGCAGUUUGAAAAACACACCAUUUUUUCAUUUUUUGGCGAGAGACAUUAUGGCAACGACCUAGUUUUUUAAGGUCUUUUAAGGGCAAAUUCCCUCAAUUAAUAAACGAAGGGAAACAGUUUCUCGAACUUAAAUAGAAUCAAAUCUGCUGAGCCGCGAAAAUACAAAAAGUUGUCUCAACCCUUAAGGGGAGUUGAGUUGAGUAACCCCAAAACCGUUCAAGCUAUGACCGCCAAACUUCCUAAAAUUUAUCUCGGAAUAUCUUAAAGUUAUCUACUAAUUAAUUCAAAAUUGCAGAUCCAAGAUGGUGGAUGAGACAUCACUUCUAUUGUUAAUGAUUACCAAUGUAUCAUCCAACUUCAUGAUUUUAUCAUACACCUUUACUGUUUGCGUACUUUUCGCUUUAUAGCUAGUUUUCGGGAAAAAUUAAUGAAAUUUGGGUUCUGCCGCCAAUACUGUGACGUCACGUCGCGCAAUGUGUCACACAAAUUAUACCUACAUGUCAGAAAUGAUGUGAGCAUUUUUCAGUGUAAUUUUGGUGGCCGUUUCAUGUGCGGUUUUAAAGUUGGGGGUCCUCCGUAGCCCCCAUGGUGCCAGGAAACAAAGAUAAGCCUAGUCUGAAUAUGGUUAAGAUUAAUUGAACGGUCUAAUAACUUUUUUCACAAGGAAAAAAAAAACAUCCAACGGCUUAGUGACUUAAUGAUGUCCACGGAAGCGAGCCGAGUAAUUUUCAUUUUGAAAAAUAGUAAAGGUUUCAUCAGUUUACAGCCUAAACAGCAUUUAAUAACAUGCUAUUGCAGGUGGGAACCCGUACCCUGGUAUAAGCAACAAAGAAUUGUACAAGCUUCUAAAGACAGGAUAUCGCAUGGAAAAACCCGAUACAUGUUCAGAUGAACUGUAAGUGUAGUUUUAGGCAACUAAUGAUGGUAAAUAUUUUGUGUAAUGGAUAGAAAUGCAGCCCUACAAGAAAGCUUUCGCUCUGGAUUCCCCCUCCAGCUUUCCCUUCACCACACGAAGCAGUCAUUAGCCUGUCAGUAGGUCCAGACAUUUUGUUCAUCGCUUUUUAUGACAUUGGUUUACCACUCUUUUUUAGGUUCCAGUUGAUAUUAAAUUGUUGGAACGAGGACCCCAGCGCGCGACCGACGUUUGAUCUUGCCACGAAAUCGCUGGAGAAGAUGAUGAUGGAGGGAACUCCUUAUUUCGAUUUUGAUUUACUUGAUGAAUCAAAGGCAUAUUACUACGAGAAGCCUUUGGAAGAAGGUGACACAUCCUAG